GGAUUUCUCCACAUUGCCAGCCGCAGCUCUUAUUGUGGUCUCUCCUCGGCUCCUCCACUCAGCCCUCUGCAGCUCCACAAGCUACAUCAGCUGAUCCGUCACGUGGUGUGGUGGAGCGGGUCACCCGUUUGCAAAAUGGAGUUGUCUGAGUCUGUGCAGAGAGGGCUGCAAUCUCUCGCCGAUCCGUCCGCCUUCGACCAGAGCAGCUACCAGGCGCUGGUGGACGUGUCGUUCCGGAGCCUGCUCUCCUCUCACGCCGACCCGGGAGUCCUCGACCAGCCCGAGCUGAAGCAGGUCGACCAGAUCCGGCUCAAACAGAGUCACACUGCGGCGACCACCUUCAUCCUGGAGGCGGUCAAACAAAACGCAGACGAGCCCACGAUAAGCUCCUGCCUCGAAGAACUCUCAUUCAGUGCAGAGCGAAUAGAAGUGUUCUAUAGCACACAUCAGAAACAUAGAAAGGAACUCGAGCGUCUGUUAGCAAGCAUAGGAAGGUGUCCGCCUCAGAUCAACGACGCGUCAUGGCGUCUCCAAUACCACGUGAAGAAUGAUCAGAUCGAUAAGGUCAACGAGCCUUUCUACUUGAUUGCGUUGAACACAGAGAAUAAAGGAUCAUCGGAGGAUAUCAACUUCACCUGCACAGUGGAGCAGCUACAGGAUUUGGUGGGAAAGCUCAAAGACGCUGCCAAGAGUGUGGAGAAAGCCAGUCAGAUCGGGGCGGUCGAACUACAAGCCAUUUUAGGGACGGUGUUAGUUUCACCAGAGCACACACACACUGCUGCAUUUUACUGGGGGCUGAAGCGGAUAUUUUGGAGGCAAAGUUGUCGGCGCCGAAGUGCGAGCCUUCCCGAGCCGAACCCGGAGCCCGGGGCUCUCUCGAAGCCGAGUAUCGGAUACGUUCACAGCGCGCGCGCGGCGAGGAGAAGAGCCGUUUUAUUCGCACAUCUGAAAUGCGCUCCGGUCCGCCGUGCGCUCUCCGCCACUGACAGCGUCUGCAGCCUGCUUCAAGAUGGCGGCUCGGCUCCUAUUCAUUUUCUGCUGAUCGCCUCCCAACUUUCAUUGUCUAUUCGCCUCAAGACCCACCGAUUCCCAGCUCAGCCUCCAGGAUUGUUGUUCUCCUCUCUCAACAUGCAUCGGACAACCAGGAUAAAGAUCACGGAGCUCAAUCCCCACCUCAUGUGCGUCCUGUGUGGAGGAUACUUCAUAGAUGCCACCACCAUCAUCGAAUGUCUUCACUCAUUUUGCAAGAUGUGCAUUGUGCGCUACCUGGAAGCCAGCAAAUACUGUCCCAUAUGUGAUGUACAAGUGCAUAAAACCAAGCCUCUGCUCAACAUUAGGUCCGAUAAAACUCUACAGGACAUUGUGUACAAGCUGGUCCCUGGCCUCUUCAAAAAUGAAAUGAAGCGGAGGAGAGAUUUUUAUGCGGAGCACCCUGUAGAUGCCUCGAAUGGAUCAAAUGAGGAUCGUGGAGAGGUGGCAGAUGAGGACAAGAGGAUUAUCACAGAUGAUGAGAUCAUCAGCCUCUCUAUUGAGUUCUUUGAUCACUGCAGACUGGGAGGUUCGAUGGAGGACAAGCAAUCUGAAGAUCAAAAUAUGAUGGCAAACAAAAGGUACCUGCAGUGUCCAGCAGCCAUGACCGUGAUGCAUCUGAGGAAGUUUCUGCGCAGCAAAAUGGACAUCCCAAAUGCCUACCAGGUUGAAGUCAUGUAUGAAGACGAACCUCUGAAAGAUUACUACACUUUAAUGGACAUAGCAUACAUAUACACUUGGAGAAGAAACGGCCCGUUGCCGCUGAAGUACCGAGUCCGACCCAACUGUAAGAAGAUGAAGGUGAGCCACGCGCAGCAGGAAGGCCAGAACAGCGCGAGCAGAUCCGGUCCCGAGAGCGAUUCUGCUAGCGACAAAGCCGGAAGUCCCGCCGGGGCUCCGUCCACGUCCUCCUCGUUGCCGAGCCCCGGCACGCCUGCGCAGUCGCCGCACCCCCAACUCCCGCACGGCCCCAUUAAAGUCAACGGGACACCGGCCGCCGCCGCCCCUCCGCCCCCCAGUCGGCCCUUAACUCAGUUCAGCGGCGGCGGCGGCGGCAACAACAACAACAACAACAACAACAACAAGCCCCGGAAGGUCUCACUGAACGGCUCGUCGACCUCCUCCGGAUGACGCGGGACUCCGGACGGCCGACGCCAGACUCCGCUAACAGGCCUACUAUUUUCAUGCCAACGUAGUUCCAUUGUAUAGACAAUGGUAUCUCUUUUUCUCUCUCCAUCUGUUAUUCUAAAUAUUAUGGCAUCACGUGUAAGUUCAUGACGUAGUGGAGCCGGAGACGUUUGAAAAUAAAAGGAACAAGGAAGUCUGAUGGCUUUUUAAGGCCUAAUGGAAGCAGAUGUUGAUGUGUGGGAAAGAGAUGGACAAGCAUUUAUCCCCCUUUUUAAAGCUACAUCUUUAUUUUACAAAAGUGACUGAAGAUAUACUUUUUAUAUUUUCUCCUACAUUUUUCAGAUUUAAACGUGUUUUAUCAUGAUUUAUUUCAUGUGUGUUGGGAUAUUUUUAAACUGUGUUUUAAACAUGCAUGCUCAUGAUAACACGUUUUUCUUUUAUAAAAGAGGAUUCUGUGUAUUUGCCCCAAGAAGUCUCGUUUUGAGGGGGGUUGUUGUUGUUGUUGUUAUUGUUGUUGUUUUGGAAGCGUUUCAGACGUCAAUCGUGGUCCGAGGAAGGGAGCAUGUUUGUCUGGCGCUGUUGGCUUCAUGGAAAACAUGGAGGGAAAAAACAACUUUAAAAUGGCCUUUUACUGAGAACAAAAAAUCAGUUUCUUGUAUAGCUGCAGUGGAAUCGGAUUCCUUAUCCACCACGACUUCAACGCGUUUUAAGCAGUUUGAGCGAAUCCACGUGUAAAUAUAAACAAAAUGCAUAUUUAAUCAGCGAUGGUGUUACUCUCUUAUUCCCCUUUUUGUUCAGAGGGAAUGACUUGGGCUCCUGUUCUGCUCCAUGUCAUGCUCAAUGGCAGACGUGUUGACGUCUCCCGCGUGUUUUCCGUAUUUGUAUCGCUCGAUUGUAUGACAACCUAUUGUAUUGUUACUGUUGCACAGUAUAAAACAACUAAAUAAAACAUUUUACACUUACUAAAGACUUAAGUUCGAUUGUCUCUGUGCGACGGAAGCUCCUGAGUCGGUCUGGUGUUUCCACAUCGACGGCAACCAAAUAAAGGAAUACUUGAAAUGGCAGAAGGUGCAACAUAUGUCUGUGAAUCGGCAGCGAUGUGUAACUCGGUUAAGGAGGCCGGCGAUGAACAGCUCGGAGGUGUGUCACGUGAUCCAAUCAUGUUUCUGAAUACAUUAAAUGAAGAUUGAAGCAU